AGGGACUCAGAUGCGAAGGUUGCAUGACUGGUACCUGAAAGCCUGUCGAAGAUGUGAAAGCUACAUCACGGUGUAUCUUAGAGAUGAGCAUUACUUCCGGGGGGAAGACGAGAUAAACCUUGAGUUAGAAGAACUGUUUCAGUUAUUCAAUCAAGACGCCCUCGACAAAGCUGUCAUCAGUUGCUACUGCCUAAUGAAGAAGCUGGAAUACAAAAGAGGUAAGCUCCUACCGCUGGGGUUCAUAGACCCAAACACAGUUCAUGAAGUUACGGUUCGACGGUACCCCAAGGACACAGAGGACAACAUCGUAAUGUUUUUAGAGAAGCAAGCAGACAAAGAGGAUAUAUUCUUUCCCUACAACUUCAAUUUCCAUUUUAUUCUCCUAAUCAUUGAUCUUCACCUUGGAGUCGUAAACGUCAUGGACUCGAAACGUACAGAAUAUGCGGAAUGGGCGGACAUGGCUGCCAUCCUCCAGAGGGCUUGGAAACGGUUCAUCAAUACUGUUCCGGGUGAAUGGAAACCGGAGCUUACAUUUAGAGAUUACCCUUGUAUGAGGCAGGAAAAAGGGAAUAACUUAUGUGGAUACUACGUCUGCACCUUCAUGCGUGACAUGUCCUGUCCCAAGGGUGGGGAUGCCCAAAUACACCACACUCGUAUGACACGCCUGCGGGACACUCUCAUAACAGCGGAUCAAAUAAAAGCAAUUCAAGAGGAAAUCGCGGGAUUCUUUAUUACCGAGGUCCUUACCCCAGGUGGAGAGCACUAUCGGAAGAUCGUGACGGCGGAGGAUAUUCGUUCAGGAAAAGUUGUAUUGUAAAUAUGCAUGGAUUACGUGUACUGUGUUGACUAUGUCGUGUACUGUUGACGAUGUCUAUAUAUAUUCAUGACGAUUUUUUGUGGUUUCUUGAAUGAUAUAUAUAUGCAUUGCUGAAACUC